AGUAGGUACUCAAGAGCACCCGUGGCCCCAACAUGUCAGCUUAUUCAGGCCUAGCUCCAGAUGCGCGCGGGAAUUCCAGCUGGUUCUUAACCAGAACGAACAAAGAGCAUGAAGCAACAAUGGAGCAUCCUUUCAUGAGGAGCAUUUAUGCAGAAACCUUUGACAUUGAGGCGUACUGCCAGUACCUGGCCGGUCUCUACCACAUUUUCAGCACACUGGAAAACCACUGUGCCGUUGCUGGGGCUCCUUUGUCCACUAUGGAUGACAAGGUGCUUCAUCGGCGAGAAGCCCUGCAAAAGGAUUUGGCCGUUUGGUGGGGCUCUGACUGGGAGACCAAAGCAAAGGUCUCCCCAGCCACGGCCCAAUAUUUGGAGCAACUCCAAAAGGACUCCACAGAUCCGUGGUUCCUGCUUUGUCACCAUUUUCUGCAAUACAAUGCGGUACUCAGUGGUGGCCAGUUCCUGGGCACCAAGGUGAGCAACCGAGCAAAACAGACUCCACCGACCGGUGUGGAAUUCUAUACCUUUGCCCUUCCGAAGGAUCAAUCGACUCACGCUCGUGUUCAAUGUUACUUGGAUGAACUGGACAAGCUUGACAUUCCCAGUGAGUUGCGGGAGCGGAUGCUGAAUUGCAUGCGCAAGAUCUACCAGCUCAUUCUCGCAACCUUUGAUGAAGCCUACAAUCUUUGUAAGGUGGACGGCGUGUCCUAUGCUUCGGUCAAGGCCACCAAAUCAGCCAAACCCAAAGUUCCACCGCCCAUGCAGCCAGGAGACCGGAAUUUCACCUCCAGCGAAUUGGCAUUGUUUGAUGGCAGCGACCCAGCCAAGCCUCUUUUAACAUCAGUUUUGGGGAGAAUCUAUGAUGUCUCCAAGGGAAAGGAUUCCUUCGGCCCCAGCGGGCCUUACGCUAUGUUUGCCGGGCAUGAUGGUACCUACAACUUGGCAGUGAUGAGCUUGAAGAAACAGACCGUGGACAAGUUUGAGUACGUUUUAGAGCAAGAUGACAAGGAGUGCUUGGCUGAUUGGAUCGCAUAUUUUGACAACCACUACGGCAGGCCACUGGGCAUCCUGCGUGACCGAACUCACGCCAUUGCGCUGAAGGACUUGCCGCAAGCAACCAAAAUCCCCUUCCAAUCCCAGGAGAGUGAGGCACCUGCUAGCCGCUUGUGAGCAGUGGCUAGCCCCUUGCCACUUGUGGAGCUGCAGGAAAGGAAGUACUUAAAAAGUAGGACAGUAGGAGACGUUUGCUCAGAUUUUCAUCAGCGAGCCUGAUCCAAACUGCGGACAGAAGCGUUGCAAAA